GCAGCUGCAGCUGCGGAGCGGCGACGGGCCCUGGCAGGAGGUGCCCGAGUGUGUCAAUUCCGUGAAGGAUGAGGUCAACUGCACCAUCACGGAAGGCAUUGAGUCUCAGACCACCUACGAUGCGCGGGUGCGGGCCUACUGCUUGGAUCCUUUGGCCCAAAGCAACUGGACAGAAAUCUGGGCGCUGUUCGCGACCCCGGCAAUUCCAGCAGAGCCUCCGUUGGUGAGUCUGACUGCACGGGGACCGCAUGAGAUGUGGUUCUCUCUCCAGCCCCAGGAGCCCUGGGACUGCGUCCACCAGAGCUUCGUGGCCGAGUUUCGCAAGGUAUCAGAGGAGGCGCCGCAGGCCGAGGAUGCCUUGGAAUCCAGCGAUCUCGAGAGCGCCAACGAGAGCGUCCUCUGCUUGCCAGCGGUGCGCGCCCCUGCGCAGUGCCUGCUGCAGGGGUUGGUCUCCAACACCACCUAUUACGUCCGCAUUUGCGAGUCUUGCGCGGACUCGGAGGCAGAGGCCUGCGGAGACGCCUCCGACACAACGUGGAUGCAGUCGCCUUCUUCCCCCGGGAGCGUCCAGUUACAAUACAGAGCGCGCAGCCUCGCGAUGGUGAGCUUCAUGUCUCCGACGGAGCCUGGCAACUGCCUCAGCGAAGGAUGGGCUUUGGAGUACUUGAACGAGACCGAGCAGACCUGGCACCCCUUGGACACAUGCCCUCGUGCGCCCGGUGUAGUCUUGCAGCAGUGCUCUGUUGACAUCCACAGCCUGGUGCCGGAGUAUGAGUAUUGGCUGCGAGUCCGCGAGGUGUGCCUCGGUCUGAGCGCGCCCUCCGUAAGCUUCUUCCUGCCAGCACUCGAGGUCACAACCACUGAGCCUGUCGCCAUGGACCUUGAAUCUAACGUGUCCAACAUGAGCAAUGAGAGUGAGAUGGAGGACAUGUGGGAGCUGGAUGGAGAAGAGAACUACAGCAAUGCCAGCGCCAAUGCCAGCUUCAGCAGCUUCGCCAGCUACGCUAGCUACGCCGGCAAUGCCAGCAACGCCGGCAACGCCGGCAACGCCAGCAACGCCAGCAACGCCAGCGCCGACAACGAGGACGAUGAAGCUAAUGAGUCCUUUGAGAACUGGUCCAAUAGCAGCAACGCGAGCUCGGUGGUAGAUGAGAAUACGCAGGAGAUGCAGUCGAUGGCGGAGACGCGCUCGUCAUGUUCAGGUACCUGCGUCUGGACGCUGGGUCCUUGGAGCGCCUGCUCCAGCGGGUGCGGGGAGGGCCUGCAGAGCCGAGAGGUCCACUGCCCCAGCAGCUCCCUGGAGGACUGCCCCAAGCCAGUGCCGGAGAGCACCGUGGCCUGCACGUCGACCGCCGAGUGCAGCUGGGUGUCGUCUUGGGGUGAAUGCAGCGCCACGUGUGGCGCCGGUGUGCAAGUCCAGCAAUGGAGCUGCCCCAGCGGCAGCGCCUCGGACUGCGGCACUGCGCCGGCUUCUUCGGAGCAGAGCUGCUACGCGACUAUAGGCUGCGAGUGGCUCGCAUCUGACUGGACAGCCUGCAGCGUGCAGUGUGGCUUUGGAACAAGGGAGCGCACUGUGACCUGCUCUUCUGGUGUGGAGGCGGACUGCGCCGGGGCGCGCCCGGAUUCCACGGAGGUGUGCCACGAGGUGUCGGAGUGCAACUGGGCGGCGGGCGCGUGGGGCGCCUGCAGCAGCUCCUGCGGCGACGGCUUCCGCGCGCGGGAGGUGAGCUGCUCCUCAGGCGCCGCCAGCGACUGUGCGGCGCUGGAAGUGCCUGCGUCCGCCGAGCCCUGCCGAGAGGUGCGCGGACAGGGUGACAGGAGUCCUUGAGACCAAUGCUGGCCGUUUGCAGCUGGUGCUUCGCAAGCGUGACAUGCGGAUGCUGCAGCAGUGUUUC